AUGGCCGUGUCUUUCUGGGUAACCACUACGCUGGUAUCCAUAUGGCUAAUAUACCGAUUCUUGCGAUUACGCACUUUAAACAGUGUUGACGUGAAUCGCCAACGCGUACUGCAAGAUCUUGGACGAGAUCAUACAACGGAUGCUGGCGAUUCACUUCCCAUUUUCCUCGGCUUUUUCCAUCCGUACUGUAAUGCAGGCGGAGGAGGUGAACGAGUUCUAUGGACAGCUAUUCGCGACGUUCAAAAAGAGUUCCCUCACGUUAUUUGUGCCGUGUAUACUGGUGAUUUGGAUGCUUCGAAACAACAAAUCCUUUACAAAGUAAAGGAUCGUUUCAAUAUUGAUCUGGAUCCACGAACACUCGCCUUAGUUUACUUGCGCACACGCUAUCUUGUUGAAGAUUCCAGAUAUCCACGCUUCACGUUACUGUUUCAAAGUUUGUCAUCGAUCGUGAUGGGUUAUGAAGCCAUUAGCAAACUUGUUCCUGAUCUCUUUUUCGACACGAUGGGUUAUGCAUUCACAUAUCCAUUGGUACACUAUUUGACACGUGUAAGAAUUGCAACCUACACACAUUAUCCGACGAUCAGUUCGGAUAUGUUGAAACGUGUAUAUGAACGACGGCAACAACACAACAAUAACUCGCAACUUGCCCAAAGUACUGUAUGGACCUACGGAAAAUUGAUUUACUAUCACGUGUUUGCAAGGGUGUAUGGCUGGUGUGGCUCGUUUGCAGAGAUUGUCAUGGUCAAUUCAACUUGGACGAAAGACCACAUCGAUAAACUCUGGAAAACCGAUUCAGAGAUUGUUUAUCCACCAUGCGAUACUGAGCGUCUCAAUGGGUUCAGUCUCCAGUGCCGUGUACCGAAAAUAGUCAGCGUCGCCCAAUUCAGACCAGAAAAGGAUCAUCCAAUGCAGUUGCAAGCAUUGGCCAAGUUAUUCGAGAAACAUCCAAAGUGGCGACAGGAAAAGGACCUAGAGCUUGUACUGAUUGGAAGCGCCCGAAAUGAAGGUGAUGAGAAACGAAUUGCCGAGCUUAGGAAACUAGCACUCGAGUUAAAUAUUGAGGAACAUGUUCGGCUUGAAGUGAAUGCUUCUUUCGACACGCUGGUGGAUUGUUUGGGCAAGGCCAAGAUCGGAAUACACACAAUGUGGAACGAGCAUUUCGGUAUUGGCAUUGUAGAAUAUAUGGCAGCGGGAAUGAUCCCUGUGGCGCAUAAUUCUGCAGGCCCUAAAUUGGACAUUGUGGCAGAUUACGAUGGCAGACCUACAGGGUUCCUUGCAGAUUCUGUCGACUCGUUUGCUGAUUGUCUCGACAAAGCUCUGUCGCUGCCCGAAGACGAGUUCACAAAAAUGGCAUCCAACGCACGUGCAGCUGCAUCUGAUAAGUUUUCCGAGGUUGCUUUUAGCCGAGAAAUGAUGCAGUCCCUGCGAAAAUGGUUGACGUGA